GAGUCCUAGGCUCGAGCUGGACGGGGGGGCCCGACCCCUCGAGCGCAGAUGGGGAAACUGAGGCCGGAAAGGGAGAUUGGAAAAGGUCACCAUUUCUUGAAUUUAUCACCAGUUGCUUAUCAUUAAACCUUGGCAUCACUUCACUUCACUUGACAGGAUGUGUACACCACAGAAAAUGCACAUCUGCCAACUCAUGUGCAUUCCUGGGCACGUUUUGUUAUGUGGAAUGGAGCUGCGGCAGUGGCAUGGAAGAAUCCUCUUUCAAGCUGGUUCACUGCUAUGCUCCAUUGCUUUGGUGGAGGAAUUUUAUCCUGUGUGUUGCUUGCAGAGCCUCCGUUGAGGUUUCUUUCAAACAACACUAAUAUAUUACUGGCAUCUUCAAUCUGGUAUAUUGCAUUUUUUUGCCCAUGUGACCUAGUUUCCCAGGGCUAUUCUUUCCUACCUGUUCAACUCUUGGCUGCGGGAAUGAAGGAAGUGACCAGAACUUGGAAAAUAGUAGGUGGAGUCACACAUGCAAAUAACUAUUACAAAAAUGGCUGGAUAGUCAUGAUAGCUGUUGGAUGGGCCCGAGGUGCAGGUGGUAGCAUUAUCACAAAUUUUGAGCAGUUGAUGAAAGGAGUUUGGAAACCAGAAGCUGAUGAAUGGCUGAAGAUGUCCUACCCUGCCAAGGUAACCCUACUGGGAUCUGUUAUCUUCACAUUCCAGCACACCAAACACCUGGCAGUAUCAAGGCAUAAUCUUAUGUUCCUUUAUACUAUGUUUCUUGUGGUCACAAAGAUAACCAUGAUGAUUACAGAGACCACUACUCUGCCUUUUACUCCCUUUGAGGACACAUUGAGCCGGAUGCUGUUCGGCUGGCAGCAGCAGCUCACAUCAUGUGAAAAGAAAAGUGAAACAAAAUCAUCUUUUAAUGAUACUGGUUCAUCGACCUCAAAACCUGUAGCUGUUGCUUCAGAUACUGUUAAAAAGAAACAUACUAAGAAGACUUAGUAAAUUUACUGUAUGAGCACUAAAGGCAGACAUUUUUUUCUUAUCUACCUGACAGAUUGUGAUAAAUAUUUAUAUGUAAAUGAUGUGAAAUAAAGUUUAUAUAUAAGGAAUGAAGGUGACAAAAAGAAAGAACUUCUUUCUAUUUCAGGGAGAUUGUCUCUUUCUGGAUUGUAAUUUCUGAGUGUUAUGAGUGUAUCAUGUGAAAUUGUUUUUCUAAGUUAUACAUAAAAGAUUCUAUUGUGAUUAUUUUAAUAGCUUUAUAUUGAUAAAGGGGGCUUGGUUUUUUCCUAGAAAAAGUAAACUUGGUACAAUUACAAACUAAUAAAAAUUAAAGGUUUUUUUUACUUAGGUAUUUUCAUACACAUCUUUUAUUUGAAUCUAUCUGAGCUUUAGUUCUGCAAAAUUAAACUUGUACUUCACAUGAUCAGUAUUAUUCCUAGAUAUGAAAAACAAUGCUUAUUUAAUUUUGAGCACUGGGAAAAGUAAACCUUACCUAAACCACUUUAUAUAUGAAUGAAAAUAAAUGCUUAGUUUAUAUUUCAGAUAGAAACAUUGUAUUUUUUAAAAAAUGUACAUUAAAUAGAAAAUAUUUGAAACUUAAUUUUUAAAAAUAUUUUUCAGUGAGAACAGAGUGUUGGUAUGAGUCUCAAUCUGAAGUCUGUUUCAUGCACUUGUUUAUAAUGUUCCUUUUUCUCAAAAUAAAAUUGAGGGGUGAAAUUUUUAAUAAAUUACUAAGCCCAUGUUUUGUAAGUUUCAUUUUAGUAAUUUAUUUUUUUCUCUUUAAAACAUUGAUUUUAAUCGUAGAAAAAAAUCAUUCUUGUCAGCUUUUCACAUAUUCUUUUUUCUGAUCUUAGUUGGUCCAACUGCAUUGAUAAUAGUGUCUUAAUGAUUCAGCAAAAAGUAUUUCAGUUUAAAAUUUUUCCCUUAUGUCUUGUUUCUAAUGGAUAUUUUUCAGUUUUCUAGUUGAAUGUCUUACUAGUUAGCAUAUGGUUAUGUUAUGUUUUAUAUCUACAUAUAUGAUUAACUUAAAUCUACUUACCCUUUUGUGGAAAUGCUCGACUGUAAUGAGGAUUGUCCGUAGGCAUUUGAUAUUAACCAGCUAACUAGGAAGAACCAUAAACUGAAACCUUGCAUGACAGUUCAUUUGAAUGAAAAAUGAUGUUAAAUCAGUCUUUUUUGGCCAAAAAAAAAAAAAAAAAAGAGAAGAAAAAGUAUUUAACUAAAUAAUGUUAAACUUCCUUGUUAUAUUUUAUAAUGUAAAAAUCUAGUUAUAGAAUUUUAAAACACUGUAACUAACAUGAGUUUUUUCUACCAAGACCAUGAACCUAGUUAGUAUGUGUGUAAGGUAUUUGGGGAUGGCAUAGAAGUUUUCAAAUCACAUUGAAGUUAGACAUUAAAAUUUUUUUAAUAAAUAAAUAUAAACACAAAGAGGGUACUAUACUUAUACCUGUUAAAGAUUUUUGGGGGGCAGAACCUUUGAUAACCUUGGGAUGCUAAGACAUUUAUUUUUAAUAUUGUGUCAGAAAACACUAAAAUCUUUUGAGUUUUGUGUUGUAUUUGAUACUCUUGUAGUUAAAAACUUUCAGAAUUAAUAUGUUACUAAUUAUUGACUUAGCUUUGAAGUCUGGAUUUAACUAUAGUUGAAAUGGUAGGAAUAUUGUUUUACAUUUGUAUUAAAGACAAAUUUAUUAAAGUAAGUUAUUUAGCACCAA